AUGGAGGCUGGGGUAUCUGACGCGGGUUUCUCUGGCUCAAAUUACACUUGGUGCAAUAAUAGGCAAGGGCGGGCUCGAAUAUGGAAACGCUUCAAUAGAGUGCUUCUAAACUUGGAGGCUUUGCAGAUAGGCUCUAGCAUUCUGGUGCAGCACUUGUCGAGGGAUCCACCGGACCAUGCCCUACUCUUGAUGACAGCUCCUACUUGGUUGGACAAUAAACCGAAACCUUUCCGGUUCUUAAAUGUUUGGACCACAAAAGCAGGACUGUUGGAUGUCAUACACGAUAGCUGGUCAUGUCCAAUGAGCGGACAACAUCUGUGUGUUUUGGCAAUCAAGUUUCAUACAAUCAAGCAGGUACUGAAGGGAUGGUCUAGGGAGUCUUUUGGCAACAUCUUCCGGGCUGUUAAAGAAGCGGAACGGGCGGUGUUGGAGGCAGAAGUAGCCCAGGAGCAGGACUCGGCAAGGUGGUUGAAGGAUGGUGAUAGAAAUUCAAAGUACUUCCAUGCGGUGGUGGCUGAGAGGAGGAGCAGGGCGAUCAUCCACAGGAUCUGUGAUUCCAAUGGCGAAUGGGUAAAGGCUGAGGAGCACAUCAGUAGGGAGGCAAUUUCCUUUUUCCAGAGGUUGUUUACGGCUGAACCGUGCUCCUCCUCUAGUGAGUUCUUAGAUACUAUUCCUAAGCUAGUUACGGACGGUGAUAAAACCCAACUUAUGGAGCCCCCCACCAUGGCUGAAGUAAAGAAGGUGGUUUUCUCGAUGGAUGGAGAGAGUGCCGCUGGCCCAGAUGGAUUUAUAGGCAAAUUCUUUACUUUUGUUUGUGAUGUGGUUGCGGAGGACGUGUAUAAGGCUAUUUUAAGUUUCUUCUGCGGGGCAGAGUUGCCACGCAGCAUUACUGCCACUACUAUUGUCUUGAUUCCUCAGGUUCAGUGCCCCCAAGAUUUCACAUAA